AUGGCCGAACCCGAGAACUCGGCAACACAGCCCCCGUCGGUGCAGAUAACCAUCCCAGGCCGGCCCGCGAGGAAACGCAUUGGGUUCCGAAAGUCUCGGAACGGCUGCUUGCGAUGUAAGAAGAGAAAGGUCAAGGCAGGUACUCCUCAUCUCUAUCGGCGAAGCCUCCUAACAGAGUGUCAGUGCGACGAAAAGGUCCCUUGUACAUCCUGCGUCCGACACCGAAUCCCCUGUAGCCUCGACGAUGCGAGCCUCAAACAACCGGCUAAUGACUGCUCCUCCAUUAAUGACGACGCCAAGGCAAGCCAACAAGGGACUCCUCUCGUCCCAUUCCCGUUUUUAUCGGCAGAUCCAGCUGAUGCACCCGAGUGCUGGCUUUCCAAUGCCGAGCUCAUCUUCCAUUACACCAAUGUGACCUGCCGCUCCAUCCUUUCGGGACAUGCCGUGACGACAUACCAGGUCGUUAUUCCGCAGGAGGGUCUUUCUCACCCCUACCUCAUGCGCAUGAUCAUGGCCCUUUCCUCGUUCCACUUGGCGUACCUAAACAAGGACAAGCGGCCGCACUAUCUCGCCCUCGCCAACAAGCAGCAGAGCUUGGCCAUUCGAGGCCUGCGUGGGACCCUUGGGCAGGCCGUCACUCGGCAAAACUGCCACGCUCUCUGGGUCUCAUCCAUCUUCCUUGUCAUUAGCAAGUUUGCAUUCUCCCCCAACUGUGAGUACCAUCAGGAUAGCUGCUUCUCCGCGCUGUUGAACCUGGUCGAUAUAUUCUCCGUGAUCAACGGCAUGAUGGCAAUUAUGCGCUCAUCCCUCGAUCUUAUCCGAACCGGACCAUUGCAAGCCAUCUUUAGUCAGCGGCGUGGCUUUCAAUACGCCAGAGGUGAUCUACAGGAGUUUUUGCAAAGGGUAUCCGAUCUCGAUGGAGUAGUCAAGUCUAUGGGCCUUGACUCAGACCCGUUUGUCCAACUGGCCCUGACGUCCGCUCUCGAACGCCUUAUCAGCUGCAUUGCCGACCUUGAUAAGUCUCCUGACAGCGAGUCUUGUUCUAUGGAUAUCAAGAUCCUCUUUAUCUGGCCGUCCGAGGUUUCCCAGGCAUUUUUUGACUUGGUCAGGGCCCGUCAUCCUCUGGCCGUCAUCAUCCUGUCGCACUAUUGUUGCUUGAUUCGCUGGUCUUCGUCAGCAUAUUGGUUUUGCCGAGGCUGGGGACGCCCACUGGCGGAUUGUGUCAUGAGCAUACUUGAGGACUCGGAGUUGGCGCACUUGGCUGAGUGGUCGGUGAAGGUGAUGAGUGGAGAUGAAUAA